CUGCACAGCAUAUAUCUACAUUUUACACGGUAUGUGCGAGUUCGUGCUGAAGAAGGCUAUGUUUUGCUGGUUUCCUGUGGGGUCAGCAAUGCUGUAUGGCUGUAAUGGCGCUCAAGUACCGAAAGAUGGCGCUGUCGUCAGCUCCUCCUCUCACAGCUCACAUAUAGGGAGAGCAGACGGUGUUGCAAAGGAUGAGCCUAAGAGGAGAUCUGCACGGUUAUCGACAAGACCAGAUCCUGUGAAGGCUGAAUCCAAAUCAAAAAAGACAGCUAAGAAAGACAAAGCAGUCAAUGUAAAAAAGGAGGACAAAAAGACCAAGAUGAAGACCAAGGAGUCCUCAGAGUCUGCAGCCAACGAGGAAAACCACUCUGAAAAUGGAGAUGCGAAGGUCGCAAAGACUCAAAAAGAAACAAAGGAAGCAAAGUCCGAGUAGCACUAUUGCAUCCCAUCAACAACUCGUUGCAACUCCUCGUCACUCCUAAGUGUUGUGUCAUUGUCCAACCUCUAAGGCAUAUUGUUAACAAAGAAAUAUUUUUAUCAAUGGUUUUAUAAGUAUCAGUACAAAUCUUUAGCACAAACUGAAGCUAAAUACUGAGCACCUUGUAGAUUUGCAGUGAUUGUUUCUGUGAGAAUGCAGUGAGUGUUUUCUUAAAUAGUUUCCACAUGCUCUCCAUUCUUCUUCCUCACACGUUUUUAAGUUGAUUCUACAUGGCUGGGGGAAAUUGACUUUUUAACCUCAUGCAUUCUUUCCUCGCUGUUUAUCCAUUUGCCCUGGAUUUUGAUGUAUUAUUCAUUAGAGGAAUAAAAAUUAAACAGAAAAAAAACCCCAGAGAGCUGUGGCCCGUUUCAGAAAGGAGGCUCAGUGAAAACUCUGAGUAUGUUAACCCUGAAAUGAGGGUUUUCAGGGUAAAUCAACUCAAGAACUCACGUUUUGACUCAGAGUUGGUUGAACCUCCUUAUUGAAACGGACUCCUGAUGGGCCCAAAAACAAACUGAUAAUUAAAAAUGGCAGCUUAUUAAAGAUCAUAAUGUUUUCAUGCAAAUCGUAAUUUUUUUACUAUGUGAUUCAGACAUUUAUUGAAGUCCGCAGGUUGUUAUGUACUCUGAUUUUGCAGUGUCUGCUAAUAAAAAACGGUGGAAUUUUCCUCA